CUCGGUCUCUGACUCAGCAGCGAGUUAGAAAUGGCUUUUACUGUUCAUCUUCUGCACUCUCUUCUUUUGACUCUUCUAUUAUUCACGCCUUCUUCCCACAUCGAAUCAGCUUCUCUAUCUCUUGUCACAGACAGAGAAGCUUUGAUAUCGUUUAGAUCAAAGUUAAGUGUUGAUUCUCCAAACCCUUUCUCUUCUUGGGACAAAAACACAUCUCCUUGUGAUUGGACAGGCGUUUCUUGUGGCACAAGAAACCUGAGAGUGAUUUCGCUGAACCUCUCUGGUUUAGGGUUCACUGGGUUUAUCAGCCCGAGUAUCGGCAAUCUCUCUUUCCUCACAUCCCUUCAACUCCAAAGAAACCGACUUUACGGUCCUAUUCCCGAAGAGAUCGCCAAUCUUUUUCGCCUAAGGAAUCUCAACUUGAGCUCAAACAGCUUAGAAGGAUCGUUGCCUUCCAACACAAGCAAACUUGUCGAGCUCAAAGUCUUGGACUUGACGUCAAACAAGAUCUCAGGCCCUAUUCCCGUCAAUAUCGGCUAUCUAACAAAACUUCAAGUCCUAAGCUUGGGAAAGAAUCUUCUUCAUGGUCCUCUCCCUCCAUCUAUGGCGAACCUGUCAUUACUCACCGUUCUAAACCUGGACACAAACUCUCUCAACGGCCCUAUUCCCGAGAGUUUGAGUCGUCUUCGCAGGCUGAAAGUUCUUGAUCUGUCCAUAAACAAUCUCACGGGCACCAUUCCUCCGUCCAUUUACAACAUGUCUUCUUUAGUUUCUUUGGUACUUGCCUCAAACAACUUGUGGGGUGAAUUCCCUGGUAACGUGGGCUACACGUUACCGAAUCUUUUAGUCUUCAACAUGUGUUUCAACAAGUUCUCUGGGCGAAUUCCGGCUUCUCUGCAUAACCUUACGAAUAUAAAGGUCAUCCGUAUGGCACAUAACCUUCUACAAGGGUCCAUUCCGCCGGGUCUAGGGCGUCUUCCGUUCCUUGAAAUGUAUAACGUCGGCUUCAACAAGAUUGUCUGGGCUGGUGAUAAUGGUCUGGAAGAUUUCAUUGUUUCGUUGACAAACAGUACUCGACUUAACUUCCUCGCGUUCGAUGGGAAUGAUCUGGAUGGCGUUCUUCCGGAGUCCAUCGGAAAUCUUUCCAAAGAUCUCUCGAAACUUUACAUGGGGGGGAACCGAAUCUCGGGCAAGAUUCCGGCAUCCAUGGCUCAUCUCACUGGCUUGGCCCUUCUAAACAUGAGCUACAAUUCGUUAUCGGGUGGCAUCCCUCAAGAGAUUGGAAACUUGCAGAAGUUGCAAAAGUUUGAAGUCGCAGGAAAUCAACUUGUUGGGAGAAUUCCCGAUUCUCUUGGUAACCUUGUUGAUCUUAACGACAUCAAUUUAUCGCAAAACAAUCUAGAAGGUCCAAUUCCCAUGUCAUUCGGAAACUUCCGAGGCUUGUUGUCCAUGGAUCUGUCUAGUAACAGGUUAAAUGGAAGCAUACCGAGGGAAAUUUUUAACCUCCCCAGUCUGAGUACUGUCUUGAACCUAUCCAAGAACGUUCUGUCGGGUCCUAUUCCUCAAGCCAUAGGUCGUUUGGAAAGUCUAGUUAGCAUCGAUCUCUCUGAUAACCGGUUAUCUGGCAAUAUUCCUCAAUCUAUCCGAGGUUGUAAUAGCUUGGAAAAGCUAAACAUGGCCAGGAAUCAGCUUACGGGUCCAAUACCAGAUACGUUCAUAGAUGUUAAAGGCUUAGAGUCUCUUGACCUUUCUUCAAACCAACUCUCUGGUUUCAUUCCUCUCAACCUACAAGAUCUUCAUGCCCUUCGAUUGUUGAACCUUUCCUUCAAUAAUCUCGAAGGAAUGAUUCCAUUUUUCAGUAGCAACCUUAGUGUUCACCUGGAAGGCAAUCCAAAACUAUGCUUGCUAACCACUUGUCGGAAGCGUCGAAGGCAUGAAAAACUCUUGAAAACGAGUAUUAUCGUUAGUGCAACAGCAACACUUGCAGUAUGCGUGAUGAUUUUCUUGUUUCUCUUCUCGAGGAAUAGAAAAGAAAAGCUUGUAGCUCCGGCUUCUCCGCUCAAGGAACCGUUCAUAAAUGUCUCAUACGAUGAGCUCCGAAAGGCAACCGACACUUUCAGCUCUGAAAAUCUAAUUGGUGCCGGAAGCUUUGGAUCGGUAUUCAAAGGGAUCGUACGAGGAGCUUUCGUAGCGGUAAAAGUGAUCGACCUCAAAACAAAUGGAUAUUAUAAGGGCUUUGUCGCAGAGUGCGAAACGCUGAGGAAUGUUAGGCACCGGAAUCUCGUCAAACUAAUAACUUCAUGUUCGAGCUUGGACUUCAAGAACGUCGAGUUUCUCGCUUUGGUUUACGAGUUCCUAUGCAACGGGAGCUUGGAUGAUUGGAUUAGCGGAAAAAGGAGAAAACCCGACGGAAACGGUCUAAAUGUCGAGGAAAGGUUGAAUGUGGCCAUUGAUAUUGCAUCAGCAUUGGAUUACUUGCACAAUGACUGUGAAAUUCCGGUGGUGCAUUGCGAUAUUAAACCGAGCAACGUUCUUUUAGACGAAGAAAUGGUUGCAAAGGUCGGAGAUUUCGGAUUAGCGAGGUUACUGGCGAACGCCAUGACCAAUAUGGCGCCCCCUCAAGCUUCUAUAAGCUCCACACAUGUCUUGAAAGGCUCCAUAGGUUACAUUCCUCCAGAAUACGGAAUCGGCGAGGAGCCGUCGAAGGCGGGUGACGUGUACAGCUUCGGAGUAAUGUUGCUGGAGAUUUUCAGCGGCAAAAGGCCCACCCACGACAGCUUCGCCGGCGAUCAGAAUCUGAUCGAGUGGAUAAGUUCCUCCUCCGAGGAUGUGGUCAAGGUGAUAGAUCCCCAGCUCGUGGCUUCGUCAGACGAUCAGACUCCGACAAAACUCGGAACUCGGAUCGAUUGUCUGAAGAGUGUUUUGGAAAUCGGAUUGGCCUGCACUUCGUAUGCUGCUAAUGAACGCAUGGCCAUGAGAGAGGUGCUUCGCAGGCUGAAAUCCACCCAGUUCUCUCUUCUCAAGCACAUCUGAUUGUGUGUGAAAAAUACGUGUAUAUAUAUAUAUAUAUAUGUGUUGUAAUGAAAUACCUCCUAGGUUCAAUUAAUAUGCUGCUGAUGAACGGAUGAGUGAGAGGAUACACAUAUGUACUGUACGUAUAUAUAUAUAUAUGCGAACUUUAGAUUUUAAUAAUUUGGAAAUGAUGAAAUACCUCUUAGUUU